GCAGUCCCGAGGAGAGCGGCUGGAGAAGGCUGCGCGCUCCUCGCCCGGGAAGCUGGAGGCGCACUCGGGCCGCCGCGGCGGGCGCGCUCCUCCCUCGGCUCUGCACCCGCUGUCACGCUGCGCGCCCGCGGGGGCGCCGCGCGAGCCUCCAGGUGAAUUGAAAGUCGUUUUCGGGGGAGGACUGAGCGGGCGCUGCAGUCCUGGCUGGCAACUGAAACUGCAACUCGGACGCCGAGGAGCGGGCGGCGGAGCGGGGCGCGCGGCGACCGACGCAGCAUCCCGGGAGGCGGCCCGACCUCGGCCCCGGGACUCCGGCCGCGGGCGCGCUCGGCCCGGAGCCCCCAGCUCUGGCGCAGUUAACAGCCGAGCGCUUUUGGGGGAUGCCAGCGCCCAACCCCCGGGUCGCCGCGGAGCUGCCGCUUCAGGGACAGCGAGGAGAGGCGAGGGGGCGGCAGCCUCGGCCCAAAAGGGAGAGAACGAGGUGCUGAGUGUGUACUGAUUACUCUGGCUCCUCUCUGUGUCCCAGAGGCGGAGCUGGAACUCCAAUCCAGAACUUCCCCCAAAGACGCUGUUGCUUAUCGCACACCUCAUUUUCUUUAGAACAAGGGAAAGGCAACCUGCAUGUCACAUCAUUAGAAGAUGCAGAAUGUCGCAGAACCAAGGAACGCCUUUCUAAUGGGAACACGCGUGCUCCUGGGCCCAGGCCUUCCCGCAACAUCCCACGGAGACACACACUAGGGGGCCCCCGAAGUUCCAAAGAAAUCCUGGGAAUGCAAACAUCUGAGAUGGAUCGGAAAAGGGAAGCGUUCCUGGAACACCUAAAGCAGAAGUACCCCCACCAUGCCACUGCCAUCAUGGGCCACCAGGAGAGACUGAGAGACCAGACAAGAAGUCCCAAACUGUCUCACAGUCCUCAGCCUCCCAGUUUAAGCGAUCCGGUGGAGCAUCUAUCAGAGACUUCCGGGGAUUCUUUGGAAGCCAUGUCUGAAGGAGAGGCCCCAAGUCCAUUUUCUAGAGGCAGCCGAACUCGAGCAAGUCUUCCGGUGGUGAGGUCGACGAACCAGACAAAAGAAAGAUCUCUAGGAGUUCUCUAUCUCCAGUAUGGAGAUGAAACCAAGCAGCUCAGGAUGCCGAAUGAGAUCACAAGUGCAGACACAAUCCGUGCUCUCUUCGUAAGUGCCUUUCCACAGCAGCUCACCAUGAAAAUGCUGGAGUCGCCCAGCGUAGCCAUUUACAUCAAAGAUGAAAGCAGAAAUGUCUAUUAUGAAUUAAAUGAUGUCAGGAACAUCCAGGACCGAUCACUCCUCAAAGUCUACAACAAGGACCCUGCACAUGCGUUCAACCACACUCCGAAAACCGUGGAUGCAGACAUGAGGAUGCAGCGAGACAUCAUUUAUGCAAGAGGCGAUGGCGUUGCCUCCCGGCCAGGAUCCACAGCACACCCAUCCCAUGUCAUUCCUAACUCCCCGCCCUCCACUCCUGUGCCCCAUUCCAUGCCUCCGUCCCCAUCCAGAAUUCCCUAUGGGGGCUCCCGUACCAUGGUGAUUCCUGGCAAUGCCACGAUCCCCAGGGACAGACUCUCCAGCCUCCCAGUCUCCAGAUCUAUCUCACCCAGCCCCAGCGCCAUCUUGGAAAGAAGAGACGUGAAGCCCGAUGAAGACAUGAGUGGCAAGAACAUCACCUUGUACCGCAAUGAGGGUUUCUACGCUGACCCUUACCUUUAUCACGAAGGACGAAUGAGCAUCGCCUCUUCCCAUGGCGGCCACCCACUGGACGUCCCCGAUCACAUCAUCGCCUAUCACCGCACAGCCAUUCGCUCAGCAAGCGCUUACUGCAACCCUUCUCUGCAAGCAGAGAUGCACAUGGAGCAGUCGCUGUACAGACAGAAACCAAGGAAGUUUCCAGAUAGCCACUUACCGACUCUGGGCUCCAAGACGCCUCCUGCCUCUCCUCACCGGGUCAGUGACUUGCGGAUGGUAGACAUGCAUGCCCACCAUAAUGCCCAUGGCCCUCCCCACACCAUGCAGCCAGACAGGGCCUCCCCCAGCCGCCAGACUUUCAAAAAGGAGCCGGGCACCUUGGUGUAUAUUGAAAAGCCACGCACCGCACCAGGACUCUCCGGCCUCGUGGACCUUGGGACACCUCUAGUGGAAAAGCAAGUGUUUGCUUACAGCACCGCCACCAUACCCAAAGACAGAGAGACCAGAGAGAGGAUGCAAGCCAUGGAGAGACAGAUUGCCAGUUUAACUGGCCUGGUUCAGUCUGCACUUUUUAAAGGGCCCAUUACAAGUAGUAGCAAAGAUUCAUCUAGUGAGAAAAUGAUGAAAACCGCAGCCAGUAAGCACCACACAGAGAGUGCAGGAACGCCCUCGGUUUCUGCAGGGAAGAUGCUGGGUGCCCCGGAGUCCUCAGGGGCCCCCAGCAGCACCCCAGCCCUGCACGCCAGCCUGCUCCACAUGCGCCGCAGCGUGGCCGAGCUUCGACUCCAGCUCCAGCAGAUGCGACAGCUCCAGCUGCAGAACCAGGAGCUGCUGAGGGCAAUGAUGAAGAAGGCCGAGCUAGAAAUCAGCAGCAAAGUGAUAGAGACGAUGAAGAGGCUGGAGGACCCGGUGCAGCGGCAGCGUGUGCUGGUGGAGCAGGACAGACAGAAAUACCUGCACGAGGAGGAGAGGAUCGUCAGGAAGCUGGGCGAGCUGGAGGACUUCGUGGAGGACCUGAAGAAGGACUCAGCCUCGGCAGGCCGCACCGUCACCCUGAAGGACGUGGAGGACGGCGCCUGCCUCCUGCGGCAAGUCGGGGAGGCCGUGGCUGCCCUGAAAGGAGAGUUCCCGGCCCUGCAGAACCGCAUGCGCGCCGUGCUGCGUAUCGAAGUGGAGGCCGUGCGUUUCCUGAAGGAGGAGCCACACCGGCUGGACAGCCUCCUACAGCGAGUCCGGAGCAUGACUGAUGUGCUGACCACACUUCGGAGACACGUCACCGACGGGCUCUUGAAAGGCACCGACGCCGCUCAGGCUGCGCAGUACGUAGCGAUGGAAAAGGCCACGGCCGCUGAGGUCCUGCGGAGCCAAGAAGACGCGCCUCCGGGCAGUGCCGGGGUCCCCGGGGACGUGAAGUCAGAGGUGGUGCCCCUGACGGUUCACCACGCGCAGAGCGCCCCGGUGGUCAUGCAGCCCUCGCAGCUGUCGUCGGCGCUGCUGAACCCCACCCAGCACCUGCCCCCCGGGGUGCCCGGCGCUGCCCCCGCCAGCCCCCCGGCGGGCGCCCAGGACACAGCCUCAUCCCCGCAGCUGCCGGUGAACGGUGCCACUGUGCAGCCCUUGUUCAUCGAGGAGAUCACCAGCACCAAGCACCGGGCUCUGUCCAUAGAGAAAGCAGAAAGGAAGUGGGAAGAGAAAAGGCAAAAUCUGGAGCAUUAUAAUGGGAAGGAGUUUGAGAAGCUCUUGGAAGAAGCUCAGGCCAACAUCAUGAAGUCUAUUCCAAACCUGGAGAUGCCGCCCGCCUCGGGUCCACAACCCAAGGGUGACACACCUGUGGACAGGCCAGAAUUUUCAGAAGAUUCUCCAAAUUCAGAACAGGAUUUGGACAAGUCUGGGGGUAAAUCACCACCCCCUCCACCCCCACCCCCAAGACGGAGCUACCUGCCCGGAACAGGGCUCACCACCACAAGGUCCGGCGACGUGGUCUACACCAGCAGGAAGGAAGUGAUCAGCACUAAGGUGAGCAGUGAAGAGGCUGGAGCAAGCCCACAGGCUAGAGCCACAAAAUGCCCAACGGAGGAGCCUGCGUCAAAUUGGACCCCACCGCCACCACCACCACCUGUUUCCUCAAAGGAGGAUGAAGAAGAUGAAGAAGGAGACAAAAUCAUGGCUGAACUGCAGGCCUUCCAGAAGUGUCCCCUUGUGGAUGUAAAUUCACACAGUCAUGCGGAACAGUCCCGGGCUGACAGCCACCUUAAAGACCCUAGGCCGGGGGCGCCAGCCCCAUCCAAGGAGAAGAAGAACUUGGAAUUUUUCCAUGAAGACGUACGGAAAUCUGAUGUUGAAUAUGAACAUGGCUCCGGAAUGGAAUCCGGAAAGGUUCCCCCGGGGACUCUCCCACCCAGUGCUCGUCCUGAGUGGGAAAGCAGAGGAGAGAACAGUCUCCCUGAUACAUCAAGGACAGCAGAAUACAGAAGCGAUAGCCUGAUGAAGGAACAUGCAUUGCCCGAUCCCAUGCUCAGAGACAAUAGAAACUCUUCCCAGAAAACUGGCCUCGGGGUCAACUCUGGGGGGAGUUCAUUAGAAGAAACGAACCAAGGGCCAAAAGCCUCUGAGCUGCAGUCCCCUGCCGCCAACCCUGAGCAUCAGAAGGUGAAUUAUGGGAAGACAAAGGAAAGGAAUCAACAAGGAGAGGAACAUACGGAUUGGGGUCUCCUUCCCGUUCCCCCAAGAUCCACCGAAUUCAGUAUUCCUGAGGUCAGCACUCAGGAGCCAGAGGCUCCCAAGGCUGAGCUGGGCCAUGUUGUACUAAGACCCAAAGUGGCGAGGACAGCACCCAUAGCCCCUGCCGAGGAAGGAGAAUCCACAGCGGGUUCGCCCAUGGAAGAAAACGCAGGCCCUGACAACAUCGCCUUCAUGAUCACCAAAACUGCCGUCCAGGUCCUGUCCAGCGGGGAGGUACGAGAUAUAGUGAGCAGAAAGGGAGAAGAUGUGCAGACCGUGAAUAUUGAUGCCAAGAAAGCAACGGAUUCCCCCCAGGGAGGGAUAGAAAGUGAGGAGCCCGUCGUGUGCCUGGACAAGAAACCUGUGAUCAUCAUCUUUGACGAGCCCAUGGACAUCCGGUCCGCAUACAAGAGACUCUCCACCAUAUUCGAGGAAUGCGAUGAGGAAUUAGAGAGAAUGAUGACAGAGGAGAAGAUAGAGGAGGAAGAGGAGGAGGAAAACGGAGACACUGUUCAGAACAGCACUUCACCCUGCACUGGAAGGACAGUCACAUCCGGCAGCCUUAGCUCUGGACAGCAGGCUGGGGGCCCAUCAGCCCCCAGCUCACCUUCCAGUGAGCCCAGGGGUCAGGAAAGGAGUCAAACCCAGCCUCGAAAGUUCAGCGCAGGCGAGUCUCCGGGUUCAGAAACCAAGGAUGACACCCCCGAUGACCAGUUUGAAAGCCCCAAGAAGAAGUUCAAGUUCAAAUUCCCCAAGAAACAGCUGGCCGCCCUCACGCAAGCCAUCCGCACUGGAACCAAGACGGGGAAGAAGACAUUGCAGGUGGUGGUCUACGAAGAGGAAGAAGAGGACGGCACCUUGAAGCAGCACAAAGAAGCCAAGCGCUUCGAAAUAACUCGCUCUCAGCCUGAAGACAGCCCAAAACACACAUCCAGGAGACUCGAGUCGCCCGGACCCGAGAGCGUGGCCCCGGUUUCCAGAACAGAUGAAAUCCGAAAGAACACCUACCGUACACUGGACAGCCUGGAGCAGACCAUCAAACAAUUGGAAAAUACCAUCAGCGAAAUGAGUCCCAAAGUUCUAGUUGAGUCCUCCUGCCCUACCAGCAGAGAUUCAGUGGCAAGCGCCUCCCCAGGAGUAGGGGAGACGGCUCCCCGCCCCAUGCUAGUGCUCGAUGCUCCCUCUGCCCCCUCGUCCCCCUCGUCCAUACCGUCAGCUUCACGUAAGGGCUCGGGUGCCACCCCACAGACCAGCAGGAUGCCGAUCCCCAUGAGCUCCAAGAGCAGACCCGGAAGCCUGGACAAGCCUGGCAAGCAGUCCAAACUGCAGGAUCCACGCCAAUACCGUCAGGCGAAUGGAAGUGCUAAGAAAGCUGGUGGGGAUUGUAAGCCUACUUUCCCCUCCUUACCUGCCUCUAAGAUUCCAGCCCUUUCUCCCAGCUCGGGGAAAAGCAGUUCCCUGGCCCCUCCCGGUGGUGACAACGCUAACCCCCCUCCCGCGCCUGCUACUAAACCCGCCGUUGCUUCUAACCCUCUCAGCCCCCCCGCAGGACGGCCGGCGCCCUCCGCCUCCCUCAUCCCCUCCGUCUCUAAUGGCUCCUUGAAGUUUCAGAGCCCCCCUCACGCAGGUAAAGGCCACCACCCGUCCUUCUCACUGCAGACGCAAAACGGCCGAGCCGCGCCCCCCUCCGCUUCCGCCUCCCCGCCCUCCCCCGCCUCACCCACGGCCCCGAGCGGGGCCAAGAGCGUCAGGCCGCAGCCCCCGGGCCUCACCAGCUACAAGGCGCACAACGGAAGUUCCGGCAAGGCCCCGCCCACGGCCAAGGAGAUCGCCUAGAGCCGCCCCUAGGCACCCGCCGGAAGUCCCGGCAAGGCCCCGCCCACGGCCGAGGAGACCGCCUAGAGCCGACCCCGUUAGGCCAAGCCGGAAGUUCAGUUGGGGGGGAGGGGAAGGAAGGGAGGUUGUUUCUUGGUUUUCUGCUUUUUAAUGUUGUUGUUUUUUUAAGUCUUCAGCAACUGUGUUCACAAGAAAAUGUAACCUAUUGCUGUACUGUUUUCGGCUCCAUGCUAAGAUGUGCUGAGUAUUGAAUGAAUAGAUCUCAGUAAAGCUUGUGGUGGUUUUUUUUUUUUUUGGUUGUGUUUGUUUUACUUUAUUGCCGUUGUAAUGACAUCACGUGCGCUGUCUAGCUAGAUUCGAUUCCUGUGCAAUGAAGUAAGCUUGAAGCGUGGCGGAAGAGAUACGCGUGCGGGAGAAAAUGUACUGAGCAUGUGAAACGUGUACGAGUCCAGAACUUGAGUAUGUUUUUGUAUAAAACUAUUUUUCAUUACGGAGACUAAGAACAGAGAAAUACGCGAGUGCGACUAUACGAAUUGUAAAACAGAUACUAUAAUAUUUCCUUUUAUUUUCGUGUUCUUUAGCUUUAUUACAGAUUUCUAUUUUUGUCAGAACUUCAUGGUUUCUUUCAAUAUCUUUUUUGCCAAAACAUUUUGAUACUAUAGCAUUGUACAUUUGAACGUAGUGUGCUAGACUAAAAGAAAAGCCAAUGAACUUCUACCAUGCCACCACAGAGGCCUAUGUAGAAGGCAAUUUAUCAAACUUAUUGCACUGCCAUAAAAAAUUCUGUAAUCAUUUGCCAGCCCAAGCAAUUUAGAUUUUUUUGCUCAUUUUUUUUCCAAUUUUGUCAUAUUAGGAGUCUCUGGUUGUUUUCUCUACAGAAUCCCUUUCCUUUGAUUUCUGAGACCAGAUAACCCACACUAUUGCAUUGUGGAUUUUAAAAUGUACACUUCUGUAAACUGGUAACCUUUUGUAAAUAUAUAAAUAGACAAAAAAUAUACUGUAUGUGACCACACAUAGAGUAGUUUUCCCACACCAAAGUUAAUUUUUAUGCAUGCUUUAAAGAAUAUAUCUUGGGAUGGGCAAAGAUGGGACUAUCCGUACAUUUUUAAAAAACAAGUUUGCACAGCUAGAGUGUUUUUGUAAAUAAAUGUAUUUGUAUAACACAGUCAUGUAAUAUACAGAACUAUAAGCAGAGACUUUGCAAAACUAAAUAAAGGGCUGCAUGCUGAUUAUUUUUUGUACCUUGUCACUAUAACUACUCCCUGGUCAUCAAACAAAAGGCAGUGGUUACCAGGCUAUAUGGUUAUGCUCUGGGGGCUUUAUAAGUAGCGGGUAACCAGACACAAACUAUUGUCUGAAAACUCUGGGAUGACUCCUAAUAAAUUCAUUGCAAGUGUGGAAUUCUCA